AUGGAAAAUCUUACUGAAGCUAUCGAAGAAGGAAAUAUUAAGAAAAUCAGCCUAGAGAAGUCUGUCCUAUCAAAAACCAAGAAUCAAGGGGUCACCACAUGUCAGAGCAUCCUCUAUAAGGUUCUUCAAGAUGAAGAAAUUGAGCCAUCGGAUCCUGACUCCGAAGAAGUUUCAAGGAGCAGUCAUCUUUACAUCUGGGUGGACGAAAUCUGGGAUGAAAAGCUUUUGAGAAGCUUAAAGUGCCUUAAGGUCUUUGAUAUAGACUGCCUUUAUUUGGAUGAGAUUGGGUCUAAAAAUAGACGUUUAGUUCUAAAUUUCUUACAAUCCUCAUUCCCGACUAGAAUUAAGGACCUCAGUUUUUGGUCCAGUGGCAAAAUGGAUCUGGAAAGGCCCAAUUACUUAAACUCCCUGACCAGACUCAGCUCCAAAGUCGUUCGAGAAGCUUCCUUUAGAGAUUUCAGCAUCGGCCUGCCCCAACUGAAGAGGCUGGUGGCAGCUUUCAGGCAUGUGAGAACUCUGGUAUUGAGAAAUUGCAGACUAUCUAUCCUAAGUGUUCCUGAUUUGUCAAAGGCUCUGAAAAAUUGUCAAAUCCAGAAAAUAGAUUUAUUAGGAUCAGGAAGCUUGAUCAAAAGUGAUUGGGAGAACAACUUCGAUGAGUUCGAGAACUUGGUACAAGGGUUAGCAGGCUCUCCAGAUUUAAGGUUGAGUCUUGAACAAGUAGAUGUCUCUAACUGCGGAGUAACCCAAAACAAAGCUGAACAAGUCUUUGAAGAAAACCAGCUUGGAGGAGUUAACAUAAUUGGUGGAAAAUAAAUUUUGGAUAAAA